AUGGCAACAUUGACACCAGCAAGCGAGAAGAAUUUGAUAUCGUAUUUGCACUUGAUUUACUUGCGAGACCGCAAAGCAGUGGUGUACAUGGUUGGUACUCAUUUGGAUGAGUGUCCAAAGAAGUCGACCGCUGAAAAGACAAUCGAUCGUCUUGCUCUCCACUUCCGUCAAUCGUUCCCAACGUUGCACAUCGCCAUUCACUGUCAGUUCAUCAGGUUGGAACCGGGUGCCGCACCCAUGAAGACAGAGAUGAUUGCACUCAACCCAGUUUGGACUGCAAAGGCAAUAGCGUCGUUGGUCGGAUUCCAACCUCAUGCACUCCCAUUCAAUGUUAAUCUGGAGUCGGACGAGGAGGAUUGUGUUCCUGGAAUACUCUCACAUCGUGUUCUCCGAUAUGUUUGGAAUCCAAAUGCACCAUACCACGUACCGGAGCGUUUCUUUUCGUUGUUCCUCUCGCUUCUCGAAUCCAAUGACUUGGCAAUCAAUAUCUAUACGAUUAUCGAGUCGGAUUCGAUCAGGGACCGACACAUGUCGUCGGCAGGCAUGAUCAAAUUCACAGCGAAUCUUCGUGUGAGAAACGGACGUUCCAGUUCGUUCAAUGCACGUUUGGGAUGGGCGUUGAUUGCCUCGCUGCUGCCAAUGCCACCUUCACCGCUGCCAGUGCCAUUCGCCACCGAUCCUAUAUGGGCAGCGUAUCCUGAACGUCCGGAAAUCCAACAGUUCACACGUCGUUACGUUCUUGACUUCACGCCACACGGAUUGUUUGGACGUCUUCUCUCACGUCUCAUGCAGAUUUGCCACUUGCUCAAGUGUUGGCACAACAUUGCCAUUCUCGUGCCAUCGUCUGGCGACGAGCGAAUCCUUGUUACUCUCGACCCCAACACCAAUACCAUUGAGAUUGUCAGUCGUUUCUCAACAACCUCACUGCUCUCCUACCACAUCUACGACAUCACUGAAUCACUCAUUAGCAAGUGGUACAAGUUGAGUUACCGUGCACUGGUUCUCUGCUCACAUUGUGUCUCCAACCGUAUUGCCACUCCACACUUGUUCCGCGUUGAGGAAUGUGAAGCAUCGGUGAUGCGUGGUGACAAACUGGUUUACUGUCAACAACAUCGAUUCAACUCCUCUUCGAGUGGCAGCGAUCUUUCCAAGUCGGUGCCACGUCCCCUCACCCGUAAGGAUUCCAAGACAACCGUUCAACUCCAACCGGAAGCGUUACGUAGAGAUUCAAAGGGUUCGUCGUCAAUGGUGUCAAUGUCAUUCGAGAGAAAGGAAUCGACUUCAUCGUUGUCCUCUUCGACAUCGUCGAUUAGCACCGACACCACCAUCCCAAUCGAUGUCAACACCCUGCUACUCGAUCACUCUAUCCUGUUGGAGCGUGUCAAAGAGAUUGAUUUCCGUGACAUCGAGGUGAUGCACGACAACAACGUGCAUCACUUUGACAACAGUGUUCAGUCGAUAUUCACAUCGUUGUCAAUGGGAAUGUUGGAUGGCAAAUUCGUGAACAUCAAGAUCUUCAACACGCCCUCAGAGAACUAUGGUAGCUACACAAAGGUGCUAUCGAUGUUUAGACAUGAAGUUCUAUCGAUGACUGCAUUCCGUCAUCCAAAUGUACUAGAAUUGAUUGGUAUCACUUUGAAUCCACUGGCAAUCAUCACUGAGAAUCCGACAUUUGCCAACAAAGCCAGUACUUUCCUCUCAGAGUACAUUCAGGACCGUCAGAAACAUCCAGAGAUUGCAUGGCGUUUGAAACUAAAGAUUGCACUAGACAUUGCCAAAGCAAUGGAUAAGUUACAAUCACAACUACCGCCCUUCUUGAUUACCAACUUGUCUUCGUCCAACAUCAUCCUCGAGAAAUCUCAGGAGGUCGAAGAGGGAAUCAUUGCCAAAAUAUCGGAUCUCUCGUCAGUCUCUAUUCUACCUGCACUCUUCCCAACUGAUACUUCACCGAAAUCAUGGCAUGCACCUGAAAUCCUCCAAAAGGUAAACUAUCAUGAAUCGACCGAUGUCUACUCCUACGGUAUCAUCCUCUACGAGCUGCUGACUCGCUCCAUUGCUUUCCAAGACCACGAGCGUUUCUCAUCGAUGGUUAUCAAUGGACAACGUCCUUCGAUUCCACCCGACUGUCUUCCGUCGUUUGGCGAUCUCAUCAAGGACUGUUGGUCGGGCGAUCCACUCAAUCGUCCGUGCUUCUCUGACAUCAUCUCGCAACUCACCCAAAUCAAGAUGGAGUUGGAAGGCAAGGAUAACAACUACAACUCGCUGUCGUCCGACACCAACAUCUACUCGAAGCUCCCGUUGCCAAGCGGUGGUACCAUUAUCUACAACGACCGACUCUAUCAAUUCGGUGGAUGGGCACAAAACGGUAAGCCACACUCCAACCUCUAUGUCCUCAACCUCUCCAACAUGGUGCUCGAAGAGAAGCUGAGUGUCGUCCUCAAGAACAAACACGCUCCAACCUACAAAACAUUCUUUGCUCACAUGCAGAGUGAAUUCAACGAGGAGAAUCUCCUCUACUACGAAGCGAUACGGGCAUUCCGUGCGCUACCAAUGUCGACGCCGGACGAGCGCGAACUCGUUCGUUUGAACGCGCGAAAAAUUCAUCAGGCAUUCAUCGAUGAUUCCGCGCCAAGACAAAUCAACUUGCCCGGAACCCUAAAGAUUGAACUCAGAAAAACGAUUAUUGAAUCGGCUGGCUAUAGCGCCAAUCCAAGUGGCGCCGACAACACCAGCAAUAUUACACCGGGUGCAUUCAACGACACCAUUCCCUAUGUCCUUUCAUCGAUUGAAGAUAGUUUCCAUCGAUUCAAAUUCUCCUCAUCAAACUCAACGAGAAAUGGUAAUUGGACGUUGAUUCAGUGUCGUGGAUUGACACCGCCGCCAACGGUUGGACCGGCAACACUCCUCUGGAACAAAUACAUGGUGGUGUUUGGCGGAUGGAAUCAGAACGCCCGACAACUCAACCAGAUCUACCUGUUGAAUCUCGACUCGUUCGAGUGGACACUUCAGAAUACCACCGGUGAAAUUCCACCUUCCUCCUCGGCAGCGCUCUCAACCACACUUCACGGCGACUACCUCUUGGUCUACUAUGAAAGAGCCGAUUCUCCAAAACAACAAAUCUACCGUUUAUCAUUAGAGUCUUUAAUUUGGAUUAGUUUAAGAUUAGACUAG